AUGCUGGGCAGAUCGGUUGCAUCGUUGGUCCUUGCGACUGCCCUCCUCAUCGCCAGCGGUACCGAAGCUGUGCAUUCACACGGUCAGCAGUCGGUAUUCAGAAGGCACGUGAAGGCCAAAGGCCGGAGGAUUAGCUUGUAUGCGUCGCGAGCGUUGCAGGCGCGAGGAGGGUCAGAAUUUAGCGGCAUCUUUUCUGGACGAGCUACGAACUACGCACCAGGGCUAGGCGCGUGCGGCGGCUACAAUACACCCAGCGAGUACGUGGUUGCGCUGAACUCUGCGCAAUUUGGACAAGAGUGGUGCGGGAAGCAGAUCUCUAUCUGGGCGAAUGGGCAGAGCGCAACAGCUCAGGUUGUCGACGAAUGCCCUGGCUGCCCUGACGAAGCACUUGACAUGUCGCCAGCGCUCUUCAGCCAGUUCGCACCCAUUUCGCAAGGAUUGUUCCAGAUGAACUGGCAGGUCGUUGACGCCAAUGCGCAGACAAGCUCCUCAUCGAGCAACCAGUCGUCGAGCAAGAACACAAACACAUCGAGUUCGCCCACCAGCAUUAGCAGUAGCAGCACUUCCGCGACGAGCAAUACAGGCACCCCUUACAUCAACGCAGCUGAUACUAGUACGAUGGCGUCUGGCGCGCCAAUGGUCAUAUCGACAGGCUCUGACUCCAACCUGGCUGGACUGGGUCAGAUUGUCAACGGCUUCGUCCAACUUGCUCAAGAAGGUCACCAAGGUUGA